AUGUUCAACCCCAUCCGCAAGCUCUUGAGUUUCUGGAGCGCCGCAGACGCGAGCGUCACCACAUCGUCCAACAACGCGUCAACCAAGGAUGCAGCGACUGAGAGCACAGCGUACCGCGCCGCCUGCAAUCACGCCGCACCUCCUACACGCUACGCAAGCGGCGAGUUCAACACCACACCGUCUCCGCCGCCCAAUGCUGCGCUAUCAGGAUACCUGUUUUCGCAAGUGAAGAACACCAAUACGUCUACAGCGAGAAUGAGCAACAUCCCGCCACCGCCAUUUCCCAUGUUCAGUGCGCCGACUGGCAACGCCACUGACGACGCUUCUACCACAUCGGACGACAUCGACAUGCCAGAUGCUACGCCGAUGUCGCCUCUGACGCCUCCAAUAACACCAGCCCGUGAUGGUGAUGAUAUCCGACCUUCGGUCGAGACACCAGCCCAAGAAGACGUUCACGGCGCAUCCGCCGAAGACGAUGACACUCGCGAGCCGCGCAACGACACGACACCACCUCCAUCUCCGGAACGUGACGACAGUCCUCAUUCCCAGCCACCGCGCCAACAAGACACCCAACCUACGACAACCACAUCAGAGCCCGCACCAAACUGGUUAGACGAGAUCGUCAUCGAAGAAGACACCCCCGAGAACGCCCUCCCAGUCGGCUACCUGGGCACAUUCCGCGGUAGCCGGCACUUCAUCCCCGAGUACCCCGGCAUGAAACGCUGCAGCAACCAAGUCACUCACCUCCUCCUCUGCGGCCACUGGAUCGCCAGCACCGAGCCCUGCGGCGCCAAUUGCAAGAAGCAAGACCACAGCCACAAACAGUUCAAAUGCCCAACCUGCACCGACAUCGUCCGCAACAUCCUCACGGGAUCUUUCCAGCCCGCUGAUUCAAUGAGGCUGAGGGAGUUCAGGAAGCAGAAAGAUAUCAAGUUUCUGGCUUGCUGUGUCGAGGCGGUUGUGAGGGCGGCACCGGAAAUUAAGAAUGGGGUUACGGAGGCUGUGGCGGGGUUUCUCUGCAAGGAUUCUGGAAGGGAGUGUGAGGUGGCGGAGAAUCCGGAUCCGAGUGGGAGUGAUAGUAUUGAGGAGAUUGUAAGGGAUAUGCAGGAGCGGUAUGAGCGGAAGCAGCGGGAGAGGAGGGCGAGAGAGGAGGAGGAGGUGAAUACGCGGGAGAAGAGGGCUAGGGAGGAGGAUGCGAGGGAUGAGAAUGGCGAUGCGGGAACGAGCGCGAACGGGGAUGGAGUGGAGGAUCGUAAGCGUGAACGAAACGACUCCUCCGCGGGUGACGACGAGAACCACGACACCGCACCCCCUACCAACCCCAACAAGAAGCGUAAGACGUCCCUAGAAACCCACCGCGAACCCAUCACACCCUCUACCCGCGGCACAAAGCGUCGCUCGCCAUUCUCUCCUUCUCCCUCUCCCUCUACCCCCACUUCAUCUUCAACUUCCUCCUCCUCCUCCCCCACCGCCUCACCCUUCGCCUACCUCCCCAACUCUAAACCCCCCUCCCCACCAUAUCCCUCACCACCCCCGAAGAAGAGGGUCUUCGAGAAGCCUGAUCCUGCAUUUGGUGAGGCGAGUUUCGUUAUCGCACCACCUCAUGUCGUCGGGCCGCUUAUGCGGAAAAGGCAUGCUGAUGUUUAUGUUGAGGGUGCUAUUGAGCGGGAGAGUAAGCGGAGGAGGGAGGCUCGUGAGGCAGAGAAGGAGGGUAGUGUAGAGAACGGAAUGGGGAGCGAGAGGACGAGGGCGAGGAGUUUUGAGGCUUUUAGAAGGGCGUGGGACGAUAGGGACGAGGAAGAGGAUUGUGAGCUAUAA